CUUCAACUUUCGAUCCUGUCUUUGUUCUUCUCAAAUCCCAUCCGACCAACCACUCUCCGCUCCCCGUUUCACUCAACAUCUCGCUGCCAUCGCGUCUCGAGUGCUGCGACCGCCCCCUGAUUCCUCGUCUGUUCUCGUCUUGAUCACAAACUGUGUCCGCCAUCAUCACCAUCCCCUCCCGAGGGCGCCAUUGAUACCAGUCCGAUCGAAGUGACGCCCCGCUCCGCUGCUGCCCAAGUGACAGCUCUGCUGGUCCCCAGCGCUUCCUUCGCGAUCCCCUCUGCUGUCGACGGUGGCGCGCAAACCACCGCGGAAGGACUUCUGUUGCGCGGUUUCAUGUCCUCUUCAGCCCGGCCAACUGCCAUCCCGCCAUCUCCAACUUCUCCGUCUGAAUCAGGUCUCAAGCGACGGCGCCUGUCUGACAAUCUUCCGCAAUCUCCUAUCUCUCCUUCGUUUAUGUCAGUCGCUACAAAGAGCUAUGUCUCCUCUUACGGAAAUACACAUAAUCCCGACGAGGCUUCGGGGCGCUCGUCUCCGAACUCACCAAAGGCUUCAGCACCGCGUAGUCAACAACCGUUGUCCCGUCCCAUGCCGUCCUUGCCGACCCCUGCGCACAGUGUAACGGGCACUUCCUCUGGUUUCGACAUGGCUGAUGAUAUCGAUCAACAUCGGGAUAAGCGGCCAAGACUUGAUGCGGAUAGGGAUCAAGAGGCGGAUCAAAUGGAGGUAGAACCCCUUAGAGAGGCCACAAAUCAUGAUCGGAACGAUGAGAUGGAAAUAGACGGCGAAAAACUUAGCAAGGGAAAAAGCGCCGAGCUCCCAGAACAUGAGCAGGAUGCAGAGCUAAUGGUGGAUGAGAAGACCCUGGAGCAACUACAGAAAGAUAUGGGCGAAGCCUUUCUUCUCUGCACAUCCAAAGUUGAGCGCCAGAAACCGAACCCGCAGCAGCAUUUGUUGGCAUUGUAUGGGCUGGGCCCACUGCUCCACAGCGUCGCUCGCACCGACCCAAGGACUGGUGAGAAAAUCAACAAGCUACGGAAAUCGUACGAAGGUCAAAUCAAGGGCUUCGCGUUGGCUGGACGGAACAAACCUGUCAAGGGCGAGCGCAACGUGGAAGAAGAUGAACCCGGGCCGUUACGGCGCAUGGCUGGAUCGUCUCCUUGGGGUCUUCAACCGGAUGAGCAGUGGAACGCAGAGCAUACGAAAGAACCCCCUCAAGUUACGAUAGAUUUUACUGCCGAGUUGAAAAUGGCCAUGCAAAUGCAACCAGGGACAGUUCGCAAUAACGCUCACUGGGAGGAUGUACUCGGAUUCGACAAGCCGAAACCGAAUGUGGCUCCGGAACAACAGCCCACCCCUCGACCGAUGGCAAAUGGAGUGGUUCGGCCACCUCAACAGCCUUCGGCAGAAGCAAAACGACAGACUCGCGGGAAAAAGCGGAGUUAUGGUGAUGACAGUUUUGUCGGAUAUGGAGAGGGUUAUUCGGAUCCAGAAGAUGGUGAUGGUGACGAAUACGGCAGCCAGAGGAAACGGAAAAAGGUGACAGCCACGGAUUACUGAUGAGUCGAUCUGUGACUUACAGAGUCUCGCAUUCGAUUGGCACACCUCUUCCCCAUGGACAACACCGCUAGAUGCGGAAUGCGGUCCCCUUUAGCGGCCCUCCAUUCACGACAUCACCUUCAAAUGCAUAUUCUUUGCCAUAUUUUGCAUGCAUGGGAUGUUUCUAAGAUACCCUAAUGAGGACAGAUAGAGAGAUCAGAAAAAGGGACACGGACGAUGGGCGGCCAAAACUCGUGGAGGCGUUUCAGGGGGGCGUCGAUCUUGUCUUUGUUAUGCUAUUGCGAGCACUGGACGUUGGUCCGCAGGGAGGAUGGAGGGAGGAUAUCCAGUCUUUGCCCUGUUCUGGGAUGGUGAGAGACGGUACUUAGUACUCCUGUUAUUAUCUAUUCAGCGUCGACAAGACUCAAACUGCAAAGGGGAAAAUUUACCGGCGGCCUCCGGAUGACAUGGCAGGUUUGUUCACGCCUUGUGGCAUCGUCCUGAGGCGUGUUGUGUAUGAAGGAUCACGACCCUAAAUGAACCACACAUUCAUCGAAAAACUAUAUUAUCUUUGA